UGUUAUUUGUCAAGAGAACUCUUUUUAAUUCUUGAACAAAUUUCAGUUUGAAUCGAUUGCUUUCGGUCGCUGAAUCUUUUCUCACUUGAGUUUUAUAGCUCUUAUUUCUUUGCCGAUUACCACAUUCUAAACAUGCGAGGGAGGCAUUGGGGUUAAAGGUACCUCGUUUCCAUGUUACUAUACACAAACUUCCUUUAGCUGGUUCAAGUUGUUUUCCUUCCACUUGUAGAGAGACUGUGGUGUUGUUGUCUUUCAGACUGUCCUGGAGUCGAAGAGAGAAGCUUUAACUGGUCUGCUGGUUCAGCUUGUUGGAGAACAGCACAAAAGGGAAGACGAACUGAUGAAGAGACUCGUUGAGAUGGAGCACAAAAGAGAAACUGAUAUCGAGGAUUAUUGGUUGAUACAGUAUCAGAGGUUACUGCAGAGUAAACCUCUUACUCUGCUUGAAAAGGAGUGCGAUAGUGUCAUUUCUGACGUACUUGCCGAGGCAGAGGCCCAAGACUACGCUUCACACUUCGCUCGUCAUCGCAUCACGUGGGAAAUGCUUAAAACUAUGACAGACAAAGAACUCAAAGAGCUGGGUAUACACGAGCUUGGAGUUCGUAAGGCAAUCCUGAGCGUGGUCCAAGAACGACUCCGUUUUGACACCAAGGCAAAGGAAAAGGCAAAAGAGAUUGAAAGACCUGAGGCACCAGUCCCUCGAGCUCCUGUGCUGCCAACACAACCCUCGCCAUCAGCACCUGUACUGGAGAACCGGGACAUGACAACAGAAUGCGUGAUCUGCAUGGAUCAGAAGUCGGACGUGGUGUUGCUGAAUUGUGGUCACGUUUGUUGCUGUUUCAACUGUUCCAACUCGCUAGCCAACUGUCCAAUAUGUCGCAACCCCGUGGUGCAGCGGGUCAGGAUAUUCCUCUCAUGAUACGUCUUUGCCUUUUGGUUAUGUUACAAGCAAGUUUUCAGUUUGUAGAGCUAAGAGGGAAUGGCUUGGAAAGCAAAAGCCUCCCACACCUCUUAUACGUUACGCAAACUAGGGCAAGAAACACAGCAAAUCCUCGUAGAUUAUUAUUGUCUAAUCAAAAUAUGGCGCUAACAUUAAUGUUAGCGUGAUCUCGUGUUGCUUAGCAACCUCAAAGCUGAAAAUUGCGGGCUCCGUCAACUCGCAAAAGGUACCUGUACUGUCGACUACAACACUGAAAGCUUAAGAAGUGACGUUUGCUCAAACGUCUACUAUCACAUACACUUUGCUCUAACAAAGGACAAACGCUCGAAAAUCGCUACUACGGUUAAUUUGCCUCGAUCAAUUUCAAGAUACUACAAGAAUAUAUAUCAGAUAGUAACGUGUUUCACUUAAUUUUUCUUUAAAAAUUAAUAACCUUGCAUCAGGUAUAUGUACUUGUUAUAGACAUCAAACUUAGCAGACUAGACCUAAACUAUGUUUUUAGCCUACAGUGCAGGUAGUUUUGGUGGCGAGUUCGCAAGAAGUGGGACGCGUGAGAGAGGGCGGGUGGCUAAUCCAAUACGGAGGCCUAAACACUCGAUACGGGAGCACUCGCUCGCCCAAAAUACGCCUGCACUACUGGCUACCAUGUUUUGGAACAGUCUCAGUUCUGCGUCGCUGGUCGAUUAUCAAGUCACCCUGUUCAUUAUCGUGUCAAGAAACCCGUCUAAGACUGUCAUUUUGCGAAGUUAAAUUCAGGCGGGUACACCUUCAAGCAAUUUUCUUUAAUCAUUUGUAGUAGAUGAACUUCUAUAGAGACAGGAUGCAUAAAUAGAAACUUCCUAAUCCAGACAGUGCUUGUACCAACAGAGUGUUGUCUGGAGCAAAUCUUCGAACUAAAUUUUUACGUUUAAUAUCACGCAUGCAUAUUUAAGUUUUCAGUUUAACUGAUAUUAUUUAGGCUUCGUUUGAAAUUUGUAAUCUUUUGUUAUUAAUCUUUUUAAUGAAACCACAAAAACACGCUUGGAACAAACGUGUUGUUGAAAUAAUCGAAAAUUAAUGGCAAACAAUUUAGGUAGAAAAGACUCUUCCCUUGUACUCUUAGAGAGUAAUGAGCGUUCACGUAUUUCUCAUAAAGUUCAUUGAACAAGAUGCUAUGACUAAAUGAACUAAUUACUGUAAUUCUCAUAGAGUUUCAAAUAUCGAUUGUUCCGUAUUCAAGAGCGUAGUGUAAAUUCAUUUUAGCUGCGUUUAGAGAGACUAAGAGCUACAAUUAAGACAUUAAACGUUUCAUUGACGACUUUGUUAAACCUUUGAGACCUAAUACAUCAGUAACAGUCUAAGGCCCCUAAAUGAAGACGAAACGAAUUGUUGUAUACAAAAGCAACAACUUGAACGGAGAAUUUGAAUGCGAUUGAGUUUAACUGAUCUCAGUAAUGAAUUCCUGUCUUCUCAUGACCUGUUUGCCAGACUGCUUUGGAGGCAAAUUAGAUCCUGACGCUGUUAGGUUUAAGAAGGUUAACAAACGCACUUAAUGAUUUGGAUAUUGGUAAAAUCAGAGGCUUGUCUAGAAAGAGCAAAUUUUGUCACCUUUUCUUUGUUGUCAACAUAGAUUAUAAAACCUGUUUUCUUUUCAGGCUCUAGGUGUAAUUCGCUUUCAUUGAAGAGAAGAAAGAGCAGUGAAAAAGCAUUAUUAUAAUGUAAUUAAGUUACUUCUUUUGAGGGUAACCAAACCCUAAUUCAGUGAUAAAAGAAGUUAAAUAAUUGAACUCUCUUUUGUUAUCUUUGAAUUCGUUUCAUGAUUGGAGCAAAUUUGGCAAUUUUAAGCAAGCUCCAAGAAAAUAGCAUUUUGUACGACUGGUUAAUCAAAGCGAAAACGUCAAACCAUUGCUUCAUCUUUUGUAGCAUACUGUAGGCACCAUAGUUUUAGUAAGUCGCUAAAUAUGGGUAUGGUUCAGUCAUUUAUCUGAGAUGGAACUCAUAAGAUGCGGAACUGAUAAUUUUUCCCGACUGCUUGUUGAAUAAAGUGAAAGGAUUACAAAACGGAAAAAGAUGGCUUAAUGGAGAAUGAAAAUUGUGGCACGCAAUUUCAGUUCUUGUUUAUAUUGUAUAUAAAGGACAGUGCUUAGUAAAUGUAGGCAGGCGUUAUUAAACAAACUGUCCAACUGCACAUUAAAUACAAUUUUAAAAACACA